AUGAACAUUACACUGGUGAGUAACGGCACACAAGGCCGUGUUUUACGGGACAGUUUCAGCUCAGCGGUGACGAGAAACGUAAUAGUUGUCGGCUUAUGCAUCUCCAUCAACUACGUCAACGGCACCCUCGUCCACACCUUCAUCAAGCAUGAGAUCUUCACCGGAAACCCUCGCUACAUUCUCUUCAUCCACAUGGUGCUCAACGACAUCGUCCAGCUCAUUAUCACAGUCCUCCUUCACGUUUUAAGCUACGUUGUGUUUACGUUCAAUGUGUCUUUCUGUUGCGUUCUGUUGAUGACUGUUAUGUUCACGACUCUCAACACGCCAUUGAAUCUCGCCAUCAUGGCUAUUGAGAGAUAUAUAGCUAUCUGCAACCCUUUGCGUCAUUCUCAGAUCUGUACUGUACGUAAAACUUACAUCCUAAUCAGUCUAAUUUGGGUCCUGAGCGCCAUCGAUGUUUUUCCAGAGCUGUUCCUAUUGAUUGCGACACAGCCGCCGAGCUUUUUUUACAGCAACAUCUUCUGCCUCAGAGAUACUGUGUUUAGUAAUGCUCAAUUGAUGGAAAAGAGAACUGCUGUGCACGUCAUUUACUUGAUCUUUGUGAGCAUUAUUAUAGUGUAUACUUAUGUGAAGAUCAUGUAUGUCGCGACAGCCAAAAACUCGGAUGCUCGCAAAGCCAGGAGUACUAUUCUUCUACAUGGGAUCCAGCUUUUGAUAUGCAUGCUAACGUUUGUCGGGCCUAUGGUGGACAAGGUACUUGCAGACGUGUUUCCAGCGUUUAUCGUGGAAAGGACUUUUUUAAGUUACAUCAUAAUCCAGGUGAUGCCCAGGUUCAUCAGUCCUAUUGUGUAUGGCGUGAGGGAUCAAACAUUUUGUAAAUACUUGAAAAGGUACUUAGUGUGUACGAUAGUGUGGAAGCCUUUUAAAAAGCCGCCAUAUCUUUUAGCAGACCGAGUGCUGGACAGCGGUGAGUGA